AUGAUUAAGGUACACCGGGAUCGCAUAAUUUUCCUCUGGAGCAGCAAGGAGUUUGCCAACACCAAGGAUCGUAGAUUUUUCCGCAUCAACGUGGAAUUCGACCAUGCCGUUAGGGCUCGCUGGAGUCCCGAUGGCCGAGCACUGGUGGCCUACAAAUACAACGAGGGUUGCAUCGAGGUGUACAAGGUGGACAAGGCCGACGGAUGGUUCCAGAAUCCGGCCAAGGGCAUUACCUUUCCACGGGCCCACAACUUGGACGAUAUUGUAGGGUUUGGAAUCGCACCGGAUGGUAAAUUCCUGAUGAGCUGCUCGAAUCGCACGGAGCUGAUAAUCUGGGACGUCAGGGGAAAUGUGCUGGAAAAAUUGGACACCUUUCUUAUGAACAACUAUGGGGCCAAGAUAUCACCCUGUGGAAGAUUUGUAGCCGCCUGUGGAUUCGCUAGCGAUGUGCCUCUGUGGGAGGUCAAGUUCAACAAAUCUGGCGAGUUCCAGGGCGUUCAGAAAGCUUUCGACUUAACCGGUCACAAGUCUAGCGUCUACGAUUUCGCCUUCGAUCAGGAUACCUCAAAAACCGUGACCGUUUGCAAAGAUGGAACUUGGAAGGUUUUCAACACGAAAAUUGAAUACCAGAAAGGUGAAAUGGCACGAUGUGUGGUCAGUGGAACUUAUGAAACUUCAAGCUUCCCGGCCUUGGUCGCAAUGAGUCCUAAUGGAGAAACCGUAGCCAUAUCUACUGGAAAAUCCGUUCAAUUUUUUUCCGCCAUCUCCGGUAACGACGAAGGAUCCACCGAUCAUAUAAGCAGCAGUCCCAUAACGGCUAUUCAGUUCGAUUCGAUGGGCAAGUUCCUACUGGUGGCGGCCGAUCGUUACAUUCGCAUCUUCCACAAUAUACCCGGCUACAAGGUGGCCAUCGAGAGCGGCCAGGAAAAGCUGAAACAGUCGAAAAUAUCGGCUGCCAUGCGUGAGCGAAUCGAGUCGCAAAUUUCCGAAAACGAAGCUUUCCUGAAAAAGUUUCAAUAG